AUGAAGUCACGUGCAUUAUACAACCAAAAGCAUUUAUCAAUUGCGUCAUACUUGGAUCUUGAUGCCAAAGGUAUGUUGGUGAGCUCAUGCAUGGACUACGUCAAGCUGAGAAAGAGCUAUAUGCACACUAAUGUGGGCAGCAGAGUUCUCGAUGAAGAAGGAUUUCUAGGAAGAUUUCCGCCUCCAGUCUAUUAUGAUGAAGACGGAAUUGCAAAUGUACUUGCUAUGCGCGAGAUGAUUGCUGCGGGAUACCGCAUUACCAUGGAUACUGAUGUUGACAAUGCCUUUGUUGUGCAUUGUGAUGGAGACAGACAGAUGCGAUUUGUGAAUCGUAAGGGUGUUCCACCAGAGGAAUUGUAUCAACACAAUCGAACAAUCACGAACCUCAAGACUGACCCUGUAUUUGCAGCAUUGGAUAAGAUAUUCCGCCGCUACAAUAAGGCAGGCUUUCAUGUCAAGACAAUCAAGUGUGAUCGGGCAUUCAUUCCUCUUACGGAUGAUUUGUUAGAUAAUAUGGGUGCUACUAUUGACCCAACUGCAGCUGGAGACCAUGAGCCUACAGCUGAGCGAAACAAUAGGACGCUGGAAGAAAGAGUCAGAGUAGCUCUUGCACGAUUACCCUACAAAGUGGUACCAAAGGUGAUCACUGAAUGUCUUGGACGUCGAGCCGCCGAGCUAUUGAAUGUCUUUCCCCAGAAAGACAGUAUUGUUAAUUGGACCAGAUAG